AGGCAUGGGUCGUGCACCGAGAGGGCGGCGACUGGAGGUAGAGGGCGGGUGAGAAAUUUUCCCUCAUCCCCUCAGUCAGUGCUCCCAGGUUACGCGGAGGCACGAUCAUCUCAAUUACUCAGCCCCAAGCGGAGAUUUGUUCUGGCACGGUGGGCUAAGGAAGAAGGGCUGGUGAAGGAAGCCACCCCUUCGGUGGCAGCAGCAGGUGGCUUCCCCGGGGGCCUCAUGGGCACAGGCUGCCCGGGCGCGGUGCGCUAAAACGCACGGCUGAGAGAGAGAGAGCCGAAACUCCCUGGUGUCACACGGGCUGGACACUGAUGGACCCCGGGGUCAUCGGGCGGAGCCUCCGGGCGCCUCCGCCACGGGCACCGCCUCCGCUGAGGCUGCUGCUGCUGCUGCCGCUGCCCCUACUGCUGUUACUGCAGGUGGCCGGCCCAGCCUCUGCCUUUUCGGAAAACCUGCUGGCCGCCCCGGGGGUGAUGGGGACCAGUCCAGUCCCCGCCAGCCCCGGGAGCGUGGUGGCUCCCGGAACGACCCCCUUCGAGGAGAGCCGGCUGCCGGUGUUUACCCUAGAUUAUCCCCAUGUGCAGAUUCCCUUCGAGAUUACCCUCUGGAUCCUGCUGGCUUCCUUGGCCAAGAUCGGCUUUCACCUCUAUCACAAGUUGCCCACAAUAGUGCCUGAAAGCUGCCUUCUAAUCAUGGUUGGACUUCUACUAGGUGGGAUUAUAUUUGGAGUAGAUGAAAAGUCUCCACCUGCAAUGAAGACAGAUGUAUUUUUCUUAUACCUCCUACCACCCAUUGUUCUUGAUGCAGGAUAUUUUAUGCCAACCCGUCCUUUCUUUGAGAACAUUGGCACCAUAUUCUGGUAUGCUGUUGUAGGGACCCUUUGGAAUUCUAUUGGCAUUGGGAUCUCUCUGUUUGGCAUCUGCCAGAUUGAAGCAUUUGGCUUGACUGACAUUACUUUGCUACAGAGCCUGCUUUUUGGCAGCUUGAUUUCAGCUGUGGAUCCCGUGGCUGUGCUUGCUGUCUUUGAAAAUAUUCAUGUCAAUGAACAACUUUACAUCUUGGUAUUUGGAGAGUCACUGUUGAAUGAUGCUGUAACAGUGGUGCUGUACAAUUUGUUCAAGUCCUUUUGCCAGAUGAAAACAAUUGAGACUAUUGAUGUGUUUGCUGGAAUCGCUAACUUCUUUGUGGUGGGAAUCGGGGGAAUUGUGAUUGGAAUCUUGCUGGGCUUUAUAGCAGCAUUUACCACGCGUUUCACACACAAUAUCCGAGUGAUUGAGCCACUCUUUGUCUUCCUAUACAGCUACUUAUCCUACAUCACAGCAGAAAUGUUUCACCUCUCAGGCAUCAUGGCAAUCACAGCUUGUGCUAUGACCAUGAAUAAAUAUGUGGAAGAAAAUGUAUCUCAAAAAUCCUAUACAACCAUCAAGUAUUUCAUGAAAAUGCUGAGCAGUGUCAGUGAAACAUUGAUCUUUAUCUUCAUGGGAGUGUCAACAGUUGGAAAAAACCAUGAGUGGAACUGGGCCUUUGUCUGCUUCACCCUGAUCUUCUGCCUAAUCUGGCGUGCCCUAGGUGUCUUUGUUUUGACUCAGAUCAUUAACUGGUUCCGGACAAUACCUCUGACUUUCAAAGAUCAGUUCAUCAUUGCCUAUGGAGGAUUAAGAGGGGCCAUCUGUUUUGCUUUGGUCUUCCUGCUUCCUGCUGCAGUGUUUCCUAGAAAGAAACUGUUUAUUACAGCUGCCAUUGUGGUCAUAUUCUUCACAGUCUUCAUUCAGGGAAUAACUAUUCGGCCAUUAGUGGAAUUCCUUGAUGUGAAGAGGUCAAAUAAAAAGCAGCCAGCUGUUAGUGAAGAAAUUCAUUGCCGGUUUUUUGAUCAUGUGAAGACUGGGAUUGAAGAUGUAUGUGGACAUUGGGGUCACAAUUUUUGGAGAGAUAGGUUCAAAAAAUUUGAUGAUAAAUACCUGAGGAAGCUUCUAAUUAGGGAAAACCAACCCAAGUCAAGCAUUGUUUCAUUGUAUAAGAAGUUGGAAAUAAAGCAUGCCAUAGAGAUGGCAGAAACUGGGAUGAUAAGCACAGUGCCAUCUAUUGCUUCACUAAAUGAUUAUCGUGAGGAAAAAAUAAGAAAGCUGACCCCUGGUGAAAUGGAUGAGAUACGACAAAUAUUGUCAAGGAAUCUCUAUCAAAUACGACAGCGUACUCUGUCCUACAAUAGACACAACCUCACCACAGAUACAAGUGAAAGGCAAGCGAAAGAGAUUUUGAUCCGACGUCGGCAUAGUUUGAGAGAAAGCAUAAGGAAAGACAACAGCUUGAACCGGGAUAGACGGGCAUCUACUUCAACAUCCCGGUAUUUGUCACUACCUAAGAACACUAAACUUCCAGAGAUGUUAAAAAGGAGACAUAAUGUGUCUAAUGCAGAUGGCAAUAGCAGUGACUCUGAUCCAGAUACCGGGACCACAGUGCUCAAUUUACAACCAAGGGCAAGGCGUUUUUUGAUGGACCAACAUCAGAAGGCCCAGCAGCAAUACCGCAUGGAGUGGAGAAAUGAAGUGCAUGGAGAUGCCGGCAGAGGGCAGCCCUCCAUCACCUCAGCUCCCCCCAGCUCAGCAGUCCAAGCACAGAUGCCAGGUGUGCUCCGACAGCCUUUGCUCUCUAAAGCCAGAUUUGGCACUGUGAGAGAAGAAGGUUUGACUGAAGGCAAAAGACCAGUCCCUCCCCCCAGGCUAGUCAGGAGGGCCUCAGAGCCUGGAAACCAGAAAAACAGAUAUGGAAGUGAUAACCCUUAGUGGAAACAGCCAAAACAGGACUGUGGUGACUCGCCUAGCACAUCUGCAGCUUAUUAUCCUGAAACCUGACAGAAUGAUUGAAUCCAUUUUAAACUCACUACAGAUCUAAAUAUUUUCUGUGGGAGGCAGGGCCAAGCCAUCGAUUUAAUGGGAUGAAAUGAAAAGCCCAGAAGGAGAAAAACAAACAAAACAAAGGAAAAAAAAAACCUACAGCAUCUUUUAUGAUUAUCUUUUAGCAAUUGCAUUCUUUCCAGGCUUGAAAAAAUAAAAGUGUGCCUUUCAUGGUUCUGAAAUUGAAUACCAGAACUAAAAUAUUUUUAGCAAACACCUUUGACGGUGAAAAUGCCUCAUUCGAGCUUUUAUUUAUUAAACUUUCUUUUCAUCCAUAAGCAAUGUCUAAAUGAACAGCACCCCCAAUUAAAAAUAAAUACAUAAAACAUUUUUCUUGAAAAAGAAGGAAGAACAACAUGGGGCUGUUUUUGGAGGAUGAUACGUCCAUCAGCAGAGGUUGGGGGUGUUUCUCAUAAGGCAAUGGGGCAGCAAAGACCAUUUUUCAGAACAGAGUAUUCAACUACAGCAUUCAUAUGUCCCAAUCAGGAAAAUCUUCAGAUAAGCUAUAUGGACAAAGUGAUGCUGUUAUCAGAUAGCCUUAGGGCUGUGUGACCCCACCCCCACCUAUUAAUGAGGAGCAACAGUUUUCCAAUUUGUUCUUCUAUCCUUUUUGGUGGUGAUGUGAAAAUUGAAUCUCUACUUCUUGUUUACCUGGUGCAAACAGACUUACUGGGCAGUGUAAGUGAGAAUUGGCACAUGGUGGGUUGCAGACUUACUUACCUGACUGCAAUUCUGUAAGAAGUUCCAUCCACACCAUUUGUAAUCAGUGUGGGGGGGGCAAUAGGACAUCUCAGAAAUCCAUGUGUUUACAUUGUAUCAGUUGAUAACUUAUACUGUGCAAUAUUAGGGAGGAUACAGGCAGUCCUGGAUCCAUGCCCACCUAUUACCACCUCUUCUGGUAGAAUUUUCCUUUGGGAGACUUUAGAACAGUGAAUCCAGGUCAUUAGCUUCAAGUUGAGAAGAUGACAGGUGGUAUACUAUGCUCCAAAAUUUUACAACAAUGAGAGAAUUCUCCUUGUUUGUAGAUUUUUACCCAGGAGACAUUUUCCACAUGAGAAUUCAAAAUAAUCUGUUAUACCUACUUAAAAAACAAACAAACAAAAAAAAAAACUACUAGACUAGAGAUGUAAAGCAAACACAAUUAAACAACAUUUUUCCAUCUUAAAUCAAACCCUGGAUAUAUGAGUAAUCAAAGGUGUAGCAUAAAUUUAAGUAUAUGUGGAAAUUUAAGUUUAUCUAAUUGCUAUUUGAUUAUUACCUGAAACAUAACUUUGUCUUGGCCUUCCCUUUUUGCUAAAUACCCUUUUUAAACUUGAUUGGUACUAAGAUUUAGACUAAUUAUGUCCACAUAUAAGAUUUCAGUUCUGACAGAGACUCCCCAGAUUUCACAUAGGUAAAAACUGAAAGGACUGCAAAGAUGUGAAUGGUUUAAUCAAGUAAUUAGGAGGUUCAAGCAGAUCAAACAAGCAAUCAUUGUUAAUUUGCUCAUGGAAACCUUUUUCGUUGUUUCUCAGUCCCUGGAUCCUGAACCAAUGGAACAUGGUUGGGUAUAGGACAGGAAGCAGUGUGACCAACACAGGACAACCAUGUCUGUCAGGACCACACUUUUUUUUCGGAACCUCUAGAGAUGCCUUGUAGAUAUUCAGCUUGUGUGAAAAUGAACUUUGGGCUUGGUGCCAAAAACAAAAAAACCCUACCAAAAACCAACAUGAAAAAAAAUCCCACCAGAACUUUAAACAUAGAAUAGAUAUUUAUAGAUUUGUGGGUAAAGAGAAAAAAUAGAAGUGGUUUAUAGAUUUUUGAUGAAGGCAUAUAACUGAAUGUAAGAGAUGUGUGAUGUAUUUUUAAAAAAGCCAAGAAUAAGUCAUGGUUUUCAGAUUAGCACUGAUGAAGCCAUAAUUUAAAAUGUAUAGAAAAUGAAGGAGAAAGGGAAAAUGACCUUACCAGUUUCCCAAGUUUUUUACUUCACUAUUUUUAUGUAAGAUUACAAGAAGGGAACAGGGAAAUCUUUAUAACUCAUUGGUUACUUCUUAAGAAAGUGGACAAAAUUCAGCUUUCACUUAUGAAUAUUAGCAUUAUAAACUUGCAUAUCAUUUGUAAAUUUAUUUUUACAAAGAAAGGACAAGCAUCAAGUGUUUUAAUUUAAUUGGAAAAAAAAGUGCCUUGCACACAGUAAAUAUGUUUAAUUGAAUUGAAUUAAUAUAGAUGGUUAUUUUUCCCCCUUUGAAACAAAGCAAGUAAAAAUUGUUAUCUAAACUUGCCUCUAUUUUUUCCCCUUUCAUCAGCUAUUAUGAUAGUAGUUGUUGUCUUUGGUGAUGAUACGGGAAUUCUAAGUAAUAUAGAAGGCCAAAAGUGUGCAAGUUUUACUACAACAUCUACUUACUAAAAACACUUACCAAGAACUAUCAUUAUAACAGAAUAUCUGCAUAAUGAAAAGACUGCCAAACCUCAGCUCACUUAUUUCAAGCAUUAUUUGACAACAAAAUUCUAGUAAAACUACAAUAAAAUUUGACUGUCCUAUAGAGGUUGUUGUAACAGAAGUUGACCUGUAUUGCAUUCAGCCUCUCCCUACAUCAUGCUGAGGGCUCAUUCUGAGGCAUUCUCUAACUGAAAACAGGUAUAAAUUAGGUUUUUGUUCUUUUGGAACGAUUCAUUCAAAGAUGCCACAUUGAGAUGGCUUUCUUUAGAUCUUGCAGAUUUGUGUAUUUUGUAUUGGGUCAGCCUUUGAUAAUUGCAGGAUUCCACCCAGCUAUCUGGGAUGGUGUUUUAUAGCUUAGUAGUUUUAUAGCUUUGUAGUGAGAUUGGAUAAUAAUAGUACCUGGGUGAGGGAGGGGGAUUGUUAAUUUAUAUUUUUUAAAUCUUGAAUUAAAAUGUAUAGAAUCACAUUAAUUUAUUAAAUACUUAAGCACAUUUUGCAUUUGUUGCACUACCCAAGUUAUGUUUAUAUUGAAAUUGGCAGUUGAGUAUCAAAUGUAAAAAUUGCAAUGUUUUUGUUGAUUGGUAAAUGAAAUUUGUCUAUAAGGAAUGAUUAAAGAUUUUGCUUUAUUCAGUAAGUGGAAAUGAAAGUGACAUUGCUAGCCAAGGUUUGGAUGAAACUAACAUGACCUCCACUUAUCACUGUAGGCAAGGAUGAAUCACAGAUCACAUAAGAUUUCCUAAUCCGUUGGAUCUUUUUGUUUUAUUUCUAUAACAUGUAUUUUUUUUCCUUCUAACUCAGUUUCAAACCUCUUGUUAUUCUUCAUAUCAUUACCAAGGAAAGCUGGAUAUUCACUAUGAUGUUAGUUCACUUUCCUUAGGAUUGAAAUUUAGGUACCAAAUUACUUUAGACUUUGCAAGAUACCUAGGCAGUUCAUUCAUUCAAAAUGAUUAUUUAACAUCAUGGAACUAAACAUCCAUAAGAUUUAUUGAAUUUUUUCAUUAGUUGUUUGAUAUCAUUCAUUUUUCUUCAUUCACUCCUAGAGGUUUUUUAAUCAAAAGAGUUCUGUUUUACUUAACUAUGUAUAUACAUCAAAUUGUAGGUCAACAUUCUUAUUUUGAUGGUGAGUGAAUGGAGUGUUCUAGUUGGUUACCAGGUUGUUACCAUAUCUUUCUGAAAGGAAGCAUAGCGUAGUGGAUAGAGAGUGGAACUUAGCCUUAGUCUGGGUUCCAGUUCUUGCCUCUGAUACAUUCUGGUGAUACAUAGUGGUUAACCCUUCCUUGGCCCAGGAAACUCUCUAUAAUACUAUAAAUUUUGUUUGCUAAUGUGCAUUUUUGAGUUGCUAGGUGAUUCAGUGGCCAGAGCAUUGGGCCUGAAGUUAGGAACAGUCAGUUCUUGUGAGCUCACAUCUGGCGCCAGACAUAUACUAGUUGUGUGCCCCUGGAAAAGUCAUUUAACCCUGUUUGCCUUGGUUCUUCAUCUAUAAAAUGAGCUGGAGAAGGAAAUGGCAAACUACUUCAUUUAUCUUUGCCAAGAAAACUCCAAAUAGGGUCACAAAGAGUUGGACACAACUGAAUCAACUGAACAAUAACAACAAAUAUGCAUUAUAUAGAGGGAGUUUCAUACCUGAAAUUCCUUGCACUAAUGAAAUCACAGAUAUUGGCCAAAAUAACAAGCAAAAAAUACCAUAUCCACCACACAAACGUGCUCAAACAAGUAUAUAACAAUAAAAUAAAUUUUGCAUUAAAACUAUAUAGAUCAUAAUUUCAUCUUUUCUUGAUGAUUCAGAAGAUACUUCAGGAUCUUAUCUGGCUUGAGUUCCUUGUUAUGAAUAUGUUAUUGUUCUGUAGAUAUAUGGAUAUUCUAAAUAAUAGAUUUUUGUAAUUGAUAGAAACUUCAAUAGAUUUGCUCUUGUUUCACUGAUUUUUUUCAUGGAUUUUUCAUUUCUACAGCAAAAUAUUUUAAAUGUUAAACUUAAUUGUACCAAAUUCUGGGCACAAUGAGGUGGUGACUGUAAUCGUUACUGAUUUCUCAUUUUGACAAGGCACUUAUAUAUAAUAAAUCCACACUAGAGGAUCAAGCAGUCUCAAUUCAUGAAAAAUCUAAAGAAUAUUUUUAAAUGAUAGAGCUUUGUUACUUUAAAGUACACAAAGAAAUUUAAACUAGAGCAAUAAAAUAUUGUUAGAGUAGAGUAUUAGGGGGUCUACUUUAAUGAAUAAAAUAUUUCUAAUGCACCAAUUGUUUGUCUUAAAUGAAUACUUAGCAAAUACUUAGAAACAGUUUGUACUAUAAAGUGAUUUAAACAUUCCUCCUAAAAUUGUGUUUACAAUAUCAGUUUACUUUAAAAAAAUUGGCCAAAGGUCAGUUUGGUCCAAAUCUUAUUUUAAUAUGGGUAUUUAAAAUGUUUUCAAUAGAAGGAUUCAACAGCAGAGCCAUGACUAGAGUAGAGUGAAUGGGGUUUUGCUCAGGUUGCCAACAUUUAGAGAACAUUAAUUGCACUCCUUCAACUAAUGUAAAAACAACUAAGCUUUGCAAGAUGGUAGCAAGAAUAAUUAGUUGAAAUAAGAAGGUACCGAAUGAUCUUUUCACUUCUUCCAGCAGCUUGCUCUUUCUUGGACCAGCUCUGCACUGCUCUUUCCUGCUAGUGGCCUCCAAAGCAGUGGCCUCCUAGUGUCCUGAGGUCUCUUGUCUCUCUCCCCUUUUCUCUCCUGCCACCAGUAGGCAUUUAUAGCAUAUGGUCCAAGCUCUCUACUAUAGAUUUCUCCAUAAAUGUUAUUUGGGGGUAUGUUGCCUGCUGUUUGUCCUAGAUAUCCUAGAUACUUAUGGUUCUGUGGCAUACAGGCAUUUCUUGAUAUAUUUUAUAUACAUGAUCAUCCCAGAAUGGCUGCCUCAGCAUGGAGGCCUCGAGGUUCUUCUUACCGCCACUAGGAUUCCUAUUCUCUUCUUCCCUGUGUCCUAUGCACAAUGAUCCCUGGGAUUGUUCACCCCACCACCCCUGUCUAAUAUUCCAUUAUAGGAUCAUAGCACAACAGCUGGAAGGGGCUUAUGGGCCAUUUUGUCCAAUUUUCAAGAUGAAAUUAAGAUCCAGCGUGGUUAAGUGGCUAAGGUCCUACAGGUAGUUAAUCUCAGAUGGGAUUUGAGCCUCUGUAUCCAGCAUCCCAGCUUCUUGUCUUGCCACUUUGACCCCAGGGACUGUUCAGAGUGGAAAGAAGUGAGGAUAAAACUGCUAAGGCUUCCUUCCUUAUUAACCUCCUCCAUUUUGGCUCCUAAUGGUUUCCCAACCCUCUCUUUACCCCAGAGUGCCUAGGCUCCUUUUAUAAGAUUCUCAAGUCUAUCUGAGUUGAUUUUUCCUGUGAAAAAAGGGUGAAUCUUAUCUGAUUCCUUUGUCUAGUCAAAGACUCCUUUAGUACUUACAAUCUAAGUGAAACUUUUCCUAGAGAGUGGUUGUGUGAGGAAGAGAGAAGCAUUGGGAACCCUUUCAUGGUUUGUUUCCCAUUGUUAUUAGAAAUAAUACUUACUAGCUGUGUGACCCUAGGCAAGUCACUUAACCCCAAUUGCCUCACUAAAAAAUAAAUAAAUAAAUAAUCACCUUCAGCAAACCUCUAGAAUCAUGUGGGCAUGUUUCAGAGACAGAAGGAUAGCAAAGAAAUUGGGGUUAUUUAUCCCAAGGAAGUGCAAGGAGGAAAGCAAAACACUAGUCAAAACAAUAGGUAGCUGCAGUUCAAAGGCAAGUAAGAAAGAAGUCCAGUCAAUGAGUUCAGUGAGAAGGAAAAAAAAUAGAGAUGCUUAAACAUUACAGCCUGGGACCAAAAAGUGUUCCUGAGUGUUACAGUCUAGAAUUCCUUACUCCUGAGCUCCUGGAUACCACACCCCACCAUUCCCAUGCCUUACCCAGAGCCUUCAUUUCCACCCAUCAAGCUCCUUCUCAGUCACAGAAGUUGUGGAAGUUCCAAGUUAUAAGAGAACCCAAAAGUCAGCUAAUCUGAUCCAAUCCCAAAGGAAUCCCUGCUGUAUAUCCAAAUGGUUACUUAUGAAAAACUUCCAAGAAACCACCAGAGGCAGAUCAUCCUACUUGGAGACAGACAGCUCUAAUUGUUAGGGAGAGAAUUCUUACUUAGAGCAAGCAUGGAGGGGCAGCUAGGUGGCGCAGUGGAUAAAGUACCCGCCCUGGAUUCAGGAGGACCUGAAUUCAAAUUCGACCUCAGACACUUGACGCUUACUAGCUCUGUGACCCUGGGAAAGUCACUUAACCCUCAUUGACCUGCCCCCCCCCCAAAAAAAGGAACAAGCAUGGAUUAGCUUCUUUGCCUAUGACCUAUUGUCCCUGGCUCAGCUUCCUCUUUGGGCUAAAUAGAACAAAUCUAAUUCAAAUACUUGAAGACAGCUAUUAAUGUCCCUCCAGACUCUUCUCUUGGCUAAAUAUGUCCAUUUCCUUCAACUAAUCCUCUUAUAAUGUGGACUCCAGGCCUUUCAUCAUCCUGAUUGAGUUUCUCUGAACACUGUCCAGCUUGUCAGUGCCCUUUUUAAAUGGUGGCACCCCAAACUGAUGGCAAUACUCUAGGUGAGGUCUGAGGAAGGUACUAUCAUCUUGUUUCUGGAAGCUAGAUUUGCUUCAGGGAUGAAGACUUCUGCCUCAAGACACAAAACCUGCAUCUAUAGCUAGGAGCUAGUGGAAUCCUUUUCUUGCUUGUUGGCCGGUCAGGAGAAUCUGAAGGAAGGAAUGUUUGAACUUCCACUGUAGGAGUCAGGGGAGAUGUAUUCCUGCCCUCCCUAUUUAGAAUUCUGAAUUCAGUUGUACAAAGAAACAUCACCCUUGGUGGUUAGCUGUGGCUUAUUGGAAAGACUGUUCUAAACUAUGAACCUGGAGACCUGAGUUCUAACUCUGUGUUUACCAUUAACUUAGCAGGUAACCUUGGACAUAACCUCUAAGGUCUGCAAAUGGCUAUCCGUUGGCAUUUUUGGUCCCACCUAUCUCUAAAUGCAUGAUCAAAUCUAACUCUAACCCUAUGAUCUGAUAUACCUUGAGUUCCCUGUGGGUCACAUGGGCUUUUGUGAGCUACCUUAGGAACCUGACCACUAUAUAUAUAUAUAUAUACCAUUGUUUCUGUGGAAGCAUGCAGUCUGCAUUAUAAGAAAACAGCUUUUAAACACAAACUCACUAGAACCUGUGGACUUCCUAUAUUUGUUUUCAUAAUUAAUUCACCACCUUCUUUUAAUAUUAGACAUCUAAUUGAAGUGUUUUACUUUACUCAGAAAAUUAAUCUUAAAACAUAGUAAACAGGGGCAGCUAGGUGGCGCAGUGGAUAAAGCACCGGCCCUGGGUUCAGGAGGACCUGAGUUCAAAUCCGGCUUUAGACACUUGACACUUACUAGCUGUGUGAC